AUGGACCAGCAACUCACGUCAACACAGAAAGCGAACCUGCACGAGGUCGCUGACAUCAUGCUAGAAAUCUACCAAACUCUCGCCAACAUGCGCUUUCUCAAUUCUGCCGGAAUCAUCAAAGGCCCACAUAAUAUGGGCAAUGUUCUUAACUUGUGUGAAGAACUGGGCCUGGACCCUUCGAUCAUAUAUCUCUACAGCAUCUUACCGUACAUUGACUUCCCCCUUGCUGGCCAAACCGAUUUCUUCAAGGGGGGCAUUUUCGCAGAUUUCCGCCAAGCGGAAGAUAUAGAGCAAGGACGCGACCCGUUCUAUAUUUGUCCGGGUGACGAUGACUAUGACGAUGAAGAUGGCCCGUACAUGCGGCCGUGGGUAACCCCACUCUCAUUGAUAGGGAACCAUCAAAGCGUCAUUCUUUAUGAUGCGCGGCGGCAUCGGAUAUGGAUCAUUGAUCAGGAGAGUUGGAACACAAGUGAUCCUGCGCUCAGGAACAUGCCAGACAGCGUGGCUGGUGAUGAAUAUGAGUGUGGGGAGAAAAGCAACAACGACAACAGCUUUCAGCAUGUACCUAGUCGCCCUGCUGGUGAUGUGCUCAGAGAUAUGACCCGCUGGUAUCGUUCAUUGGAGAUAAUGCCUGGUGGUGGUGAGAAUACCAGACCCGAAUGGGACUACGAGCAGCUUCCUUUGAGAGACCUUUACUCCAAGCAUGGUUGGCCGGAUCAUUUCAAUGGAGACGCCUUUGAGGCGGACCAACUCAGGCAUUCUGUGUUGAUCCAGGAGACGCAAAGUCAAAAUGGCGAGCAUACAGCGUGA